AUGACUAAAGUAAGUGAAAAGAAUUCUUCUCAUGUGUCUGUAAAAAUAGCUGCGAUAGAUGAAGAAAAGGAACAUUUAACAAAUUAUAUGAAGAAAUUGAAAAAUGAAAAAGAACAGUGGGACGAGAUGCUUCAGAACUAUAAUAAGAGUGCCGAUAUUGCAAAAAGUGAGAUGAAUAAGCCAAUUGUGCUCAGUUCGAAACGUGUAGAAGAGGUACGCACUCAGUACAUAGGUAUCAGGGACGGCCCAUCAUCUUUCGAUAUUGCUCUAGCAAUGAGACAUGCUUUGCAGAAAAAGGCUGAAUUACAGGUAUCACAAAAUCAAAAGUUGAAAGCUGAAAUGGCAGCUAUCGAAGAGAGAUUUCAUCGAUUGCAAGAGUUAAUCAAAAUUCAGGAGAAAUAUUUGAAUUGCGAAAACAAAGAUAAACUUUUAGUACAAAAAGCGGAAUGCGAUGCUACUCUCUUGAAAAUUGAAAACUGGAUGGCAAAAUUUGGUUUUUCUGAACGUCUUGCUGCUAUUUGA